UGCGUCAUUUGUACAGUGUAACUGAAAGACGAGCGUUUGUAGUCUUUAGUGUUUUUGCAAUUGGUCGGCAUCCGCUGUCGUGCGUAAAUAAUUGAUCAUUUGUAACUUCUUGAUAACUACAUGUAUCAUUCCAUUUUUUGCAAAUUCUGUAGCAAGAAUCUUUGGGAAAAGGGAGACAUAGAUUGUAUAUUUCAGAACUCCUGCACACCUGAGGUCCUAGGGGCUAGGCAAGCCUGCCCAAUAUUGCACGGUUUCAAAAAUAAUUUCUCUACAACCACGCAUCUGUAAGAAAAACAAAAAGCAUAAUGAUGUAGACGAGAAAGGCCUCUGCCAAAAUUCUAAAUUUCACGAUCCCUGUGAUAGAGGUUCUGACUCCAGGUAGGGACCAAACUGGGUAUAUAUAGUGUAUAUAUGUAAAACAUUUAAUGCUAUUGAUACUAGAUUCAAACUAAAUGGAUAUUUAGAUUUGAAGGAGCUGGUCGUCCCUUACCAACAUUGUAAACUCCAUGAUCCCAGGGAUUAAGGUUUUUUCUAGGGAGGUGACAAAAUUAUUAUAGUGAUUAUUGUCUUAAUCAGUUGAAAAACUUUUAUACGUUUCCUGAUACGAUAAAAAAAAACUAAAUGCAUAUUUAGGAAAAGUAGAACAGGAUGUAACAAAAUUGUGAAUUUCCCAAAUCCAGGGUUUUGAUUCUAGAACGGGUCUAUAUCAGUAGAAUUGCAUCUAUAUUUUAUUUAGAUUACAUCAUGUAAAAUCUACCAUAAGUAUAUGCACGUUUGGAGGCGUUUUCAUUUCAUUCACUGUGUGCUCCGACAAUUUACAUUUCGGGUUUCAGUCUGUUGAACUAAUAGAGCUUUCUAUCAAUGUAUUCACGAGUUUUCAAUUCAACAGAAAAAUAUCGACGAAAGAAUAGACCGUCACACAAAACUCCUGUUCAUCUGUGGGUAAACUAAAACUGAAAUUUGGUCAGAUAGUAUUUCCAGGGGUUUGUGACCUUUAACAACGUUUUUCUGAAGUCUCUUCUUUUAAAAACUCUUUGUCUGUUGAAACAGAAACAGUCCUGUACUCUGUAACAUUCUAUAGAUACAGUAUAUCAGUCAUAGGCUAACAUAACCAAGAAUCAUAGAGAUAUACCGAAACUGCACUCAUUCUUCCCGGAGAAAUGUUCCAAUGUUGAAUACAUGUACAUACCCUACUCGUAUAUUUACCUCUUUAAAGAUAAUAUCUUGUACAUAAUGCGUUUACAAACACUUCUAUGAAGACCGAGGCCGUUGAGGCUUUUUAUCAAUACAUUCAUCAAAUUUCAAUCUAACUAUUUUAUACAGGGGAAAAAUCGACGAAAUUGUAAACGGUCAUACGAAACACUUAUUCAUCUGUGGUGUAAAUCAAAAUUGAAAUUAGGUCAUCUAGUAUUCCAGGUGUUUCUGACCUUUAAUUGCAUUCUUUUAAUGUUUUUUUCUUUUUAAAACUCUAUGUUGUAGACGGAAAGAGUCCUGUACUCUGAAACAUUCUAUUUACACAGUACAUCGGUCAUAAGCUAACACAAUGAAGAAUCAUAUUUGAUUUUUGAUAGAGAGAUAUCGAAAGUGCACUCUUUCUUUCUUGAGAAAUGUUUCCAUGUUCAAUACAAACACCACAUUCUUAUUUACCUCUUCAAAGAUAAUAUUUUGUCGAUAGUGUGUUUACAUGUGCAUGCACUUUAAUGAAGAACAAGGAAGAAACUAACCUAACAAAAUGUGUGCAGGAAUGUUGUCUCCGUCGUUUGGAUAUGGAACCCUUUCAUUAAUGUGCCUCAUUCUACCUCACUGCUUUGGACAAAUUACACUAUAUCCAAAUCCUGCCACAGUUAUACAGGGACAAACACUGAAGUUAACAUGUCAGUCAGCGGAAUCUGGUGGAAAUUAUCAGUUUUAUUCUCUGGAUACAUCGAUGGAAAAGAUGAACUAUGGAACUGCUAUAGGAAGCUUUAAGAAUUGUAACUUAGGUCAACACCCAAACUUUAUCAUUGAAUGUGAUUUUGACAACUGGAUAUUUAACCUGACAGUGUCACAACCUGUUCACAACCAGGUCAUCUACUGCAGCAGACAGAGGCCAUCCUCUUCAAUUUUAAGUGUGAGAAAUACCACGAUACGUGUACAAGGUCAAGAUAUAACGUUGACUCCGCAGAAUCCUGCUAUAGUCAGAAAGGGACAAACUUUAGUGCUGACAUGUCAAUCAAACCAGACUAGUGGAUUAUAUACGUUCUUUUAUAUUAACAGUGAGGGAAAUACAAUUCUUUAUGCUGCAGUAGGAGGGGGAUUCAAGUCAUGUAGUAAUAACACCAAUGAUGCAUUCACGGAGUGUGAUUUUGGAACUCCAUGGAAAUUCAAACUAACAUUGCUAAAUCCUGUUCAUGAUCAGGUCGUCUACUGUCGUAGAAGUGGCGGGGGUCAAGAUCUAAAGAACAGUAGUACCACCAUCUUUGUACAAGUACCCGUCAGUAGUGUCACACUGUCACCAUCGUCCAGUGUAGAGGUCUUUGAAGGAACGUCCUUCACCUUCAGAUGUGUAUCAAAAGCUGCCAGACCACCAGCAAACAUAACAUGGUACAAAGACAGCGUGGUCGUGAUUGGAAGUUCAUCAAUCUCGUCAACGAAUAAUUUGCUGUAUGAUGUGACCAGUAAUCUUACGUCAUCUUUUCAAAGAACGGAUAAUGGGAAGAGGAUAUUUUGUACUGCAGUCAACAUAAAUGGAGAAACUCCAAUCCAGUCAGCCCGAACUGAACUAAGUGUAAUAUAUGCACCCCCUGUUGCCCCACAACUGACAGCUGAUGGAUUUACGUCAGUGGAUGAAGGGCAGUCCAUUACAUUACGGUGUACUUUGUCUACGCUGGGUAACCCUCACAUCACGUGGAACUGGGUGUGUGGAAAUGACACACUGACCACUGGAGUGACCAAUACAGGGACCCAGUCAGUUCUGACAUUGACAGCAAACAGAAAGUACAACCAGAGAACGUGUCAGUGUAGAGCCACAAGUCCAAGAUCGUCACUGUCGUAUAACAGGACGUCAGCAACACAGAUCAACACCGUGUACUAUAACAAUGUCAUCACAUCAAACUUAGAUAAAGAAUAUGUCACUAGUGAACAUGAACGACUUCAGAUAAAAUGUGAUGUGGAGGGAAAUCCGCUAUCUACCAUCACAUGGCUGUUUGUUGAAAACGACACUGUUGUAAAGAGCGACUCUAAUGUAGACAGUAGCACACUGGAUAUAUCAUCAGCGAACUGCUUAGAUUACGGGAGUUACAAAGUUACAGCUGAAAAUGGGAAGGGACCAGCAGCUGUCAGAACAACCAAUGUGGUGGUUAGGUGUAAACCCCGACUGCAUUACAGUGCUUCCCAGACUCCAAACAAUCUUGUUAUAGGAAGUUGCGACUCUCUUCAAAUUCUCGUGAGAUUAUUAUUAUACCCACCAGCGACUUUGACGCAGUGGACUUUCAUAGGAAAACACAAUGUGAGUAGAGUCCUUCACAAUAAUACAGAUGGUUACAGAAUAACAGUUGCCGGAGAAGAAAAUGAACAAAACAUCACUCUACACAAAAAUAGGGUUUAUGCAGAGGAUUUUGGAAAUUACACGCUAAUGGUUCAGAAUGAUGUUGGUACUUUCUACGGAAGUCAUCAAGUGGACACAGCAAAGCACAGUGUACAUCUACACGGAGAAAGGGGUGUGUAUGAAGAAUUGACAGAGACAGAAAAUGGAAACCAGUAUGAGAGUCUCUCCACUAAAGAUGAACAAGACAGCGAGAGGCAAACUUACGAGAGCAUACAAGGAUCCAGUGGUGAAAGCAAAUAUGAGAAACUUUCAACUGUUUCUAAAAGAGAAGACGAUGACGACAAAUACCAGAAUUCUCAGAAACUGAAGACUUCAUCGCCAUCCGAUGUUAACCUCAAAGUCUCCAAAGAGGUCUAAAGCGACAGUUUGAAAUGAUAAUUACAAAAGAAAGACAACGUACAAAAUUUAUCUUAAUUGUACCACAAUAUGCAACGCACUGUCAACACAUAUACGUGGUUUACUUUAAACAUUAUGCACUUUGUAAACGAUUGUAGUUUAAACUUGAUACACUAGUACUGUAUAAUAAUAAUAUCUACAGAGUAUAUGACUGAUUCCGUCUGUUUGAUGUCAAAUCGGUUGAUUUGUACUCAUCAUUUGUUAAGAAUCGAAUUAUACUUGUGUCAUUUAGAAAGUAUGUACAAAAACUACAUGUGCAUGUAACUAUUUACGGGUUGUUGUUUUUUCCACAACUGGACAUACUUUUAUUCUAAUUUCGCUGUUUUUAUAUUCUGAUGAGGCCAUGUAAAGAAGGGAGGAAAGAUUGGUUUUUCGCUGUAAACUAGCGGCCAAGAGACACAACGUAUCACUAUAGUAGAUGGAUGUGAAUUGUGGAGGAAUAGUAUAAAGCGAACAGAUCGUUUCGUUAUGUCUUCACAUGAAUUUGUGAUGAAGGCUAUUCGAAGUCUAAAAAUUUAAACUAUAUAUGAUAUACACAAGAUGAUGCUUGGGACAUACACCAUCAUCUCUGAAAUUUAUCAGUAAACAUUAUAUAUUUUUCGGGAAAAUAUGUAAAGUAGAAAUCAAUUAUUUAACAAAACAUCUUUUAUCAGGAUUAUAUAAUUUCAUGUAGAAAGAAAAAACAAAAAUUCCCUGGAUUUCUACAAAAUAUUCAACAAGUAUAAUUUACUACAGCAUUUACAUAAAACGGACUGUUCCCUGUUAAGGGAGUUUAGAGAGCUUUAGUACAGCAUAAAAUUCAUUGCCACCUUACUGGGAAGUGGAACAACUGCACAGACUGAAAAGCAGACCCACACUAAAGAUUAUUUAUCAACUUCAUUCUUGCGUUAACCCUGCCAACAUCUGGAAAUUUAACUAUCAUUCCAAGGAUGUCUCAUGUAUUAAGUUCCUCACCGAAGACUAUUCUGUCCUCGCCUUUGGAGCAAACAUAUAGUAGCGGAUCUAGAAUGUUUCUGAACGGAGGGAACAGUAGACAUCAAAGCUCAGGGGACUCCCUGGAAGCCCCGAAUGGAUCCAGGGCGAAGCCCUGAUUAGGGACGGGGAUGUCUUGUGAAAAUACUGGGUUAUAACACAAACAAGGCAUAUACAUUUUAUGAUUUGCACAUAUUUUUAUAAUAAUGGAUCAUACAUGAAGUUGGGAAAAUAAUCUACUACAUAGUACUGCACAUCUUUUUGUUGUUUGAAAAAGGGGGUGCCAGGGUUCUGUAUCCGCAACUACAAGGAACAAUUUCAAUAUGCUUUGUUGGGGGUACCCAUCCACUAGCUAUUUAAUCAAAAUCGUAUGUUGAUGUGUUGAUGUUCAUUUAUAUAGGAAGCUAUAUCUGCUGAAUGAUGAUGUUUUAUACUUUUCUUUUGGGGGGGUUGGACCAAAACCCUGCUAUCAAAAAUCUAUUUGUUGAUAUGAAAAAAAAAUGUUUGUGAAGUCAUUGCCCUCAAUUGUAGAACUAUGGUUCAAAAUGUCUAAGUGUUUCCUGAAAGGCUGUAUAGUUAUAUGCUAUUCAUUUUUUGUCACUACAGGUACAUGCAUGUAUCUUAUACCCCUGCCUUACUCUGUUUUAUUGAAUGUAUUAUAGUAAUAUUUAAUAUUUAGUGUACAAUGUAUACAGUUUGAAAUAUCCGUAUAGGAAUAAUAAAGGUUAAUAAAGAA